AUGGAAGCUUCUCUGUACGUGAGAAAGGUGGUCGUCAGUCCCACUGUGGCUCUAGCGCACGCCAAAAUCCUACAGAGUGCUACGGCCAAAUACCCGCUGCGCAGAGUGGAGAUAAAGGCAUUUUCUAUUCCGCAAGGAAAUCAAUCUUUUACCCGCGAAAAUUUGUUUCUGGGGCAGAUCUCCCGGCGCAUGGUGAUUGGCGUAGUGGAUAACACGGCCUUCAACGACGACUAUCAUAAAAACCCCUACAACUUUAAAUAUUACGGCCUAAAUUACCUGGGGCUGUACGUGGAUAACAAACAGACGACAUGGCGACCUCUUCAACCCAAGUUUUCCGGCAAAGACGAAGCGUACAUGAUGUCCUAUCAGACUUUGUUUUCCGGUAUAAAUACCCUGUUUCGAGACAAGGGAAAUCAGACGAACAGGGAAGACUACGAGUCGGGAUACUCCCUCUUUGCCUUUAAUCUGUCUCCGGACUUGUCGAGCGGGUCUCAUUUCAACCUCGUCAAGCGUAGUAACAUGCGUCUGGAGUUGAAAUUUGCCGAGGCCGUGACAACUUUGUGCAGUUCCUUCUGA